AUGCGAAAUGUUGCAACCGGAAAUACGUACAUUAGAUGGGGAAGGAAGUCAUGCCCGGACGAAACUGGCGCCAGGCCUCUGUAUGAUGGGUUCGCAGGUGGGUCGUGGUACUCACAUGCCGGGGGAGGCAACAACUACCUGUGCUUGCCACGGGACCCGGUGCUGGUCGUCAUACGGGGAGGGAGUAUACGCUAUAUCUACGGGGCCGAAUAUCAGGUAACCGAAACAAUUUGGAACGAACUGAAUAACGAUGACGUACCCUGCGUAGUGUGCAUCACACCAAAUACCAAUAUCGUCAUGGUUCCUGCCAAGGACGUUUGUCGUCCGGGAUGGACAUUAGAGUACGCGGGAUAUCUUAUGACCACUUUCAAAGAUUAUACUGCCAGAGACUAUGUCUGCAUGGACGGACAGCCGGAAUCUAUAACCGGAAGUCAAGGAAAUGAGAACGGAGCAGUGUUCUUUUUCGUCGAGGUCAGGUGCGGCUCUCUUCCUUGCGAUCCAUACAAGGAAGUUUUGAGAAUGUCAUCCAUGAUGAAGAAGCUAGAUUCAACCAAUAGCCAGCUUAAUAUUGUCAACAAUGACGAAGCCAGUCUUUUCAAUGCUGGAUAUCUUGUUGGUUGA